AUGGGGAGUGCUUUGAACGGGGGCUUCUUUGCUACUUUGAAUGCUUAUUAUUUUUUAUGCAUUUAUUACAGAAGCGACAGCGACAGUGAAGGAGAAAACCCAGAGAAGAAGAAGCUACAAGAGCAGCUGAUGGGUGCCAUUGUGAUGGAAAAACCUAAUGUGCGAUGGAAUGAUGUGGCCGGUCUAGAAAGUGCAAAGGAAGCCCUGAAGGAGGCUGUAAUUUUACCCAUCAAAUUUCCUCACUUAUUCACUGGAAAACGGACUCCAUGGCGAGGCAUCCUGUUGUUUGGACCUCCUGGUACUGGUAAAUCUUACUUGGCCAAAGCAGUGGCUACAGAGGCCAACAACUCCACAUUCUUCUCUGUCUCAUCUUCUGAUCUUAUGUCGAAAUGGCUGGGUGAAAGUGAGAAGCUUGUGAAGAGUCUCUUUGAACUGGCUCGACAGCAUAAGCCCUCAAUCAUCUUUAUCGAUGAGGUCGACUCCCUGUGUGGCUCUAGGAAUGAGAAUGAGAGUGAAGCAGCUCGCAGGAUAAAGACUGAAUUUCUUGUGCAGAUGCAAGGCGUUGGGAAUAAUAAUGAUGGCAUUUUGGUUCUUGGCGCUACAAACAUACCCUGGGUUCUCGACUCUGCCAUUCGCAGAAGGGUUCGAGGCCCAUCUCGGUCGAACUCAGAUGUCAUAGUGAAUGACCUGUUGACACCUUGCUCUCCAGGUGACCCUGGUGCAGUUGCAAUGACCUGGGUGGAUGUACCAAGUGACAAGCUUCUUGAACCUGUGGUUUGCAUGUCUGACAUGCUGCGUUCGCUCUCUACUACUAGACCCACAGUAAAUGCAGAUGACCUGCUGAAGGUGAAAAAGUUUACAGAUGACUUUGGACAGGAGGGUUAAAUCGAGGAGCCGAUGUGCCUUUGUCACUGAGUGAGAGAGACAAGAUGAGAUUUUAAAGACCACCACCCCUUUACACAUUUCUUGCCUGCAGCCUCCUUGGCUUGACUAAUACACAACUGAAGGUGAUGAGAAGACACCAGUUUUGGAGAGCUUGUAGUUGAUCCCAGUCAGUCCAUUGGUGCAUAUUGCACUGAUUUCAUGCUAUCACUGCUGACAUUUGGGCACCACUACUGUUUUUAUCUAUAUGGGCAACACUACUGUUGUAUGGCUUGUUUUCCUUUGUGCUUUUAGUAAGAGCAUUUGUCUUGGCUUAUGUAGUUUGUUUGCCUGAAAGAUACAUUCGGUUCUGCCAGGAAUCUUGCUGCUACUGCAUACCCAUUGAGAAGUACCCACAGGGCCACAGCUUCUGUUUUUUUUAAUUUGUAACUGAGAAAACUUGCCCUUUCAGUGUGACAUAACAUUAUGACCAGGUUGUUUUGUAAAGCAGACACACAAGUACACGUUCAACAUCCUUUGCUAUAUACCAUCUUGUUUCAGUAACAUUCAGCAUUAUUUGCAACAUAUUUGCCUCAUUGUUUUUUUCAACUGAAAAGUGCAGCACUUAUGUACAGUGAUGGCUUUAGAAGGGACCCUGUAGAGCUACUUGCAGUGAGGAAGCCAUCUGACAGUAGAUUAGUGCCCAGUCACUUUUUGUAGUCUACGUAAGAUUAUUUUGCAUCUGUUUUCCAUGGGUUGGUGGUGCUGAUAUGCAGAAUGUGUCUUCAUAUGUGUGUGUAUUGUCCAUUUACAUGGCUUGAUGGCAAAUAAUGUUGAGAAGUCAUGUGACUUGCUAGGCAGAUGUAGUUUUGGGGAGAAAAUGUAAAGUUUAAUGUAUGAUAGGCCUGCGUUAUCCAGGCUGCUGAUGCUGCACAACUCAAUCCAAACUGCUAAUAGUGGUUCAUCACACUCUACAUGAUGUCUGCUGUUAAAAAGGUGCAGGUUUCUUACUGUUAGUAUUCUGGGUAAUGUUCGAAAUCCAAUAAUAUAAACAAAAUUAGAAGGAGGACAAUCUCAGAAUGCUUUCAGUUAGAUGAGUGAGAGUCCAGUUUUAGCUGAGUUUGAUGUAUGAGUCAUGUUUUAUGUUCCUUCUAAAGCAUGCUUGGGUAAGACUUGAACACUGUUAACCAAACUUGUUCAAACCUGUCUGGUCCUUGAUCUGUGACAGCAGAUGUAGGUCACAAACAUGAAGCAAAUGGAUUGUAAACUUGUUCAGACCUGUCUGGUCCUUGAUCUGUGACAGCAGAUGUAGGUCACAAACAUGAAGCAGAUGGAUUGUAAACUUGCUGCUUAAGGGGUAGCUGUGGGUAAGCAUUGGCUGGAGUUAUUUCUGUCCGUGGAUGAAGCCAGUUUUAGUGCAUGCUUGAAUGGGCAGUGCAUGCCAGGUAAGAUGCGAAAAGUUGUCACAGUGGUGCAGUGUGAUGCUAUGCAGACUUUUGGUUGGGGCUACAUAUGGGCAAGUCAAGAAUUUUUAAGAUUAGGAGUCUGCUUUUGUGUUGCUUGUGUAUUAUCCAAAAGGCAUGGCCUACAGUUUAACUUUAAUUUUCAGAGCUGCUUUGUUUUCACCUUACUGAAAGUAUUUCACUUUGAGGUCACAUGAUUUAAAGGAUUAUCCUUAUUUAUUAAAAAAGUGAUGUAAGACAAUUUGAGAAGUUUGUAUUCUUUUUCCUCACUGAAGAAAGGAAUUAAUUCAUUGAUACUAGCAGAAAAAAAUACAGCAGGCCACCAUUUUUUGUAAUGUAUAAGUGAUUGCCAUUUUUAUUUAUGUAUUUGUUUUGCCUCCCCCAGAACCUUGCCUAAUGUCUCCUCUACCUUCACCCAGUUAGACUCUUCACUUUGGGAUAAGGGGAACCAUGUAUUCCUGGGUCUGGAAGUGUCCUAUAACCCACUUCUUUUUUUUUCUCGAUAAUCACCUCCAUCAGCCCUUCAUUCCCAUUGAAAAUAUGGUGAUAGGGAACAUGCUAUCUUCCUAUCCCAAAGAGCAGUCUGCACCCCUAUCCUGUCUGAGCCAGCAGUUGCCACCUCUCAAGGGGGUUUGUCUACAUGUUAAUUUCACUUUGGCUGCAUAGUGUCAGCACACUGGAGUAGCAGAAACGUAACCGCUUUGGAACUCCACUAGAUGAAGACCUAGUGCUUCGCUUGGUGUCAUCUGUCAUGACCCAGCAAAAGCUGCUCACUGUCACCCUUUCCAAACAGCUCCUGAACUGCUGGUUUUAAUUCGGGUCACUUGUGGUUGGUUUAAUUCAGGUCACUUGUGGUGUAGCAUGACACAGAGCUGACUGAAAUGUUUUCAUGUUAAUUGAAAUUAGAACAUUCAGUGAACUCUGGCACCUGUGACUGGUGCGUUUUAAAUAAAUGGUUUGAAACUGUGAAAUGCAAAUGCCAGGGGUCAUUCAGAGUAGCAUCUCAUUUCUGAGUAAGUGGUUAACUUAAAAUUGAGAUUGAGCUGCUGAUGUCAUUGCUAAACAAUGGUUCUUCUCUGUCAGUCUGAUCAUUUUUGAGGUGAUUUUUAUGAGGCAUUCACUUCUUGUAGGUCUUUUGUUGGUUUCUUGACUCUCCUCAUCUAUUCCACCAUUCACAGUUUAACAAUUCAUGAAAGGAAUUCUGUUUCUUGGGUGUACACUGUGUUCUACUGCUGUUUGCUCCAUUUUUUGCCACUUCUACAGUGUUGAUGUCAGUCCUGCUGUUAGCAAAGUUCCCUGUAUUUGCAUACCUUAUUGACUAUAAAGUGUCCAUAUUUUCCUGUAUUUGCAUACCUUACAAAUACACAGUGUCCCAUAGAUAGAAUACAGCACAAUCCCAGUGACAGACAGAGGAUAUUUAAUGGGCCUAAUCCACUUGCAGAAAAGCUUGGUGUUAAUCCUCUCUCUUGGUAAAAGUUUAGGGGACCAUGGGAGGUGUAUCUCUGUCUGGCACUUUCGGUGGUACAUACCAGAGUGUUCUGACACCACUGAAGAAACAAAUGAUCAGCUGCAAGUCCUUUGCCAGUGCCACUGACUUAGAGUCUAGACAUUGGACAGAAGUUGCUCUGCUUGCAGUUGGAGUUGAGUGCAUGCACAGACCCUUAGGAAGUAAGGUCUGAAGCCAGCACUAUGCCCAACUGCAGGCCUGUCACAGUCAUACACAACCUUCACCAGCAUACAGUCACAUAUGUGUUGUUAGUUGUCCAGAAGUUAACAUACAUCAGAUGAUCGCUUGCUGUGCUCCACAACUACAUGCAGGUCCAUGCAUACUAUUAAUAAGAAAGUGGGAUAUUAGAGUCCUAACACUUUGUUUACUAGAAACUGCAUUUAUAAAGUCUAAUCCCUGCAGUUGCAGUUUUGGGGAUGCUUUGCUGUCUUUUGCCCCUCCACAUGCCUGAUAUAUGUACUAAGUCUGAAAUUGAUUUUUGUUAGAGUAGGGGAAAUACUGCAAGAUGGCAUAACCUCAAAAUUGCUGCAUAUUCCCCUUAUUCACGCUUUGAUUCUGAUUUUUCUGAAGAUCACAAUUUGGCAAGCAUUGGACUUCCUUUAGAAAGGUGUGUGUGUGUAUGUAUGUAUGUGUAUAUAUAUAUAUAUAUAUAUAUAUAUAUAUAUAUAUAUAUAUAUAUAUAUAUAUAUAUAUAUAUGCUGAAUUUUACAAAGUCGUGACGUGAAAAGAUGAGCCCAGUCAACAGCCCAUCAAGGAGGAUGUUAAGAUCUUUUUCAUAAAUUGACUGAUAUGGUAAGAAGUCAUCCUGGUUUUUAAUUUCAGAAGGGUGUUGCAGUUGUGCAAAAUGUAUCACUAUUUUACACCGCCUUUAGUAGUCUUAGUAGACAGUUUGGUUAAUUUCAAAGCAUUUCUAAAAGCCUUUUCUGGUCUCAUUGCUAUGUUUGACUACUGUUUCCCAGAUGCCUUACAUCUUUUUACCAUCUAGUUUGCCAGCUUUGUUGUAUACAUUGGUGCCAUCUUGGAGAGUUUUAAUAUAUUCAAAAGUAUGAAAACUUUUCUGUGUUUUUUGCACUUUAAGAACAUUAACAUUGCCCAUGAUCGUGAGCAUUGAGACGUUCUUAAUAUUAGACAAAAAUUUUGUCACAAGUCUGUCUUUUUGUUUGCAGGCAGUGUUAGACCAAAGUCUUUCUGCUCUGUAUGAGGAUGUUUGUUUCAGCAAACUGUUACUGUUUCAGAUAUACACAUACUGGAGAAGUCCUGGACAUUUUCACUCGCGUCAUUGCCAUCCACGGUAAUAAGAAGCAAAAUGAAUUGGAUAAAAAAAAGUGCAGUAAUGUAUAGUUUUGUGUAAUAAAGUUGAAGAUUGAACUAUU